CGUGGCGUUCCCGGGCGCCGCUUCCGCCUCGGCCGGGGCCUGGCGCGGUGGCGUUGCGGCGGGGGGCAGCAUGCUGAGCCCGCGGGAGCGCGGCGGGGACCUGGCCCGCUUCUACACGGUGACGGAGCCGCGGCGGCACCCCCGCGGGCACACCGUCUACAAGGUCACGGCGCGGAUUGUUUCAAGAAAAAAUCCAGAGGAUGUCCAGGAGAUAGUCGUUUGGAAGAGAUACAGUGACUUUAAGAAACUGCACAAAGAUCUCUGGCAAAUUCAUAAAAACCUAUGCAGACAUACAGAACUCUUUCCACCUUUUGCCAAAGCAAUAGUAUUUGGGCGAUUUGAUGAAACUGUGAUUGAAGAAAGAAGGCAAUGUGCUGAAGAUCUGCUGCAGUUUUCUGCCAAUAUCCCUGCUCUGUAUAACAGCAAACAGCUUGAAGAGUUUUUUAAGGGUGGAGAGGUGCAUGAUGGGUCCGAAUUGAUUGGUCCUGUUGAACCUCUGUCUGACUCUCUGACUGACAACCUGUCUGACUGCAGCUCUGAAGUUCGGAAGGAUUUAAGUGGGCUUGAUGAUGUGACACUUACGAGCCAGUCGGAAUGCGGAGGCUUCUCCAGUGACAGUGACCUGAUUUCUCUGACAGUUGAUGUAGACUCUCUUGCUGAGUUAGAUGAUGGAAUGGCAUCCAACCAAAGUUCUCCCAGCAGAGCUGUUGGCCUUUGCCUUACUUCUGAACCCCCAGUACAAAGCACACUGGCACCUGAGCAGGAGUGGAACAAACCCGAAGGAGAGAGGGAAAGCCAUAGUUUGUUUACUGGAAGCUUAAAACCCAAGCCUGGCAAACAAGAUUACUUGGAGAAAGCAGGCGAGUUGAUAAAACUGGCCUUGAAGAAAGAGGAGGAAGAAGAUUAUGAAACUGCUUUCAGCUUUUAUAGAAAGGGGGUUGAUCUGCUUCUGGAAGGUGUUCAAGGUGAAUCAAGUCCAACUCGUCGAGAAGCAGUGAAAAGGAAGACUGCAGAAUACCUUAUGCGUGCUGAAAAAAUUUCCAGUCUCUACCAUAAAUCGUCUGAAGAUGCAUCCGUUUCUAUGCCUCCAGGAUCACUAAGUUCAAGGCCCUCUUGGAACCUAAGGAGCCCCGCCGAGGAACUGAAGGCCUUCAGAGUCCUUGGGGUGAUUGACAAGGUCCUGCUUGUAAUGGACACUAGAACACAGCAGACUUUUAUACUGAAGGGUCUAAGGAAAAGUAGUGAGUACAGCAGGAGCAGAACGACCAUCAUACCCCGCUGUGUGCCCAACAUGGUGUGUCUGCACAAGUACAUCAUCUCUGAGGAGUCUGUCUUUCUCGUGUUACAGCAUGCAGAAGGAGGAAAACUGUGGUCUUAUGUCAGUAAGUUCUUAAACAGAAGUCCUGAAGAGAGCUUUGAAAUUCCUGAACCCAGAACAUCCAGUUCAACUAAAAUUUACCUGGAGCAGCCAACACCUAGUCCUAAAGAAAUUGGUAGCAGCACUGAUUCCAGAGAAAGCUAUGGCGAGGGCACACUGAAGGUGGUCCCACUGAAGAGCAGCCUAACGCCGAGCUCCCAGGAUGACAGCAGCAACCAGGAAGAUGGCCAAGAGAGUUCAAAGUGGAUGGACUCAGGAUCCAGCUCAGAAGAAGAGUGCACUACUAGUUAUUUAACAUUAUGCAAUGAAUAUGGGCAAGAAAAAAUUGAUUCUGGCUCUCUAAAUGAGGAAUCGGUGGUUAAACUGGAGAGCGAAGGUCUAAAUACCAAAGGGAGAAGCUGCUUACAGAAAUGCAGUGUCAUUGGCAGUGACAGCUUCACGUCUCAGAUGGCAUCUCAGGAACGAAAGGUUUUCAUUGAUGAUGCUGAGUCAGAAAUAGCUAGCCCUACUAGGAUAUUGGACUCAUUAACUAAAUCAAAGAACAGCCCCAUGGAACUCUUCAGGAUAGACAGCAAAGAUAGCACUAGUGAGCUCCUGGGCCUUGAUUUUGGAGAAAAAUUAUAUAACCUGAAAUCAGAGCCUUUGAAGCCAUUGUUUUCUGACCCAGUUCAUGACAGCAGCUUGGAUGCCCUAGAGAGCAAAAUGGGUGUGGGAGCUCAUGACACCGUAAGCAGGGGUUCAAAUGACUCUGUGCCAGUUAUCUCCUUUAAGGAUGCUGCUUUUGAUGAUGUAAAUAGCAUUGAUGAAGGAAGGCCUGAUCUCCUGAUAAACUUACCCGGUAUGUCUGAUGAAACGGAAGAGGCAGCAGUGUCAAGGCCAACAAAGUUUACAAAAACUGAUAGGGAUAUGUUGGAAGUAAAGUUGUUAGAAACACCUGAUGUCUUACAAUUAAAUAAUUCUGCAGAGCCAUGCAAAGUGUUUGAUCAAGAGCCAAAUCAUGUGGCAUCAGAACUGGGUGAGCCUUCCUGCGAGGAAGCAAAUGGACAAAGUGGUGUCACUCAGGGAGCUCUUGGGACCCUCUUUACAUCUGACCAAGAGGUAGGUAGUUCAGACGAUGGGGCUCUGUUUCAAGGGCUUGGAGCCUGCUCCUUAAACGUGACAAGCAAAGAAGAAAGUUUAUUUGUUUCCAGCCCGCUCUCAGGUGCUCAAGAUGUUAGCUUGGAUGGAGACACGUUAAGAAAUGAAGCAGUAUUCCUGUUUUCCGAUCAAACUGAAGACUUUGGGAAAGAGGAAACGGACUCGGCUUUGUUACCAGCAGCUGAAAGUAAAAAGGCAGCACCAAAGAGGGAAGACAAAAUAGCAGUAGCAGGGGAGAAGGAAAUACAUCAAAUUUUUCAGGACCUCGACGAAAGAUUAGCGAUAACCUCCAGGUUUUAUAUCCCAGAGGAUUGCAUUCAAAGAUGGGCAGCUGAAAUGGUUGUAGCCCUUGAUGCUUUACAUAGAGAAGGAAUUGUGUGCCGUGAUUUGAACCCAAACAACAUCUUAUUGAAUGAUAGAGGACACAUUCAGCUAACGUAUUUUAGCAGGUGGAGGGAGGUUGAAGAUUCCUGUGACAACGAUGCCAUAGAGAGAAUGUACUGUGCCCCAGAGGUUGGCGCUAUCCUAGAAGAGACAGAAGCCUGUGACUGGUGGAGCUUGGGUGCCAUUCUUUUUGAACUCCUCACUGGGAAGACUCUGCUUGAGUGCCAUCCAUCAGGAAUAAACACUCACACUUCUUUGAGUAUACCAGACCAUGUAUCAAAGGAGGCCAGAUCACUGAUUCAGCAGCACAAGGCAGAGAGACCCUGGCUGCAUUGGUUUCUGCUGGCUUCUGGAAGGUAUCAAAGCAGCACUAUUCACUGUCACCAAGCUACCUUUACUAUGUGACAUUAUGACUGCAAAUCGCAGACCCAUCUUAAAAUGUGUAAAUGCCUAUGUUUAUGGAUGUGGACUCACUUAGAUGUUGAGUGCAUUAAGAUGUGAAUACACAUUGUUCCAAGUGACAACGGGGAGAAGUUACCCUAUUAGCUGUUGCAGAAAAAGCAAGCAAGAAAUCAUGCCUUUGUACUGGCUCCAAUUGAAUAGAGUAUAAACAGUUCUCUAAAACCGCAGAAUAUUUUUAUGUGUCUUUAUUAGUCUCUUUGGAGUAUUACCUUUGCAUUCCCUUUUAUAUGUAUUGGUAUCUUUAAACAGAUGUAAAUAUUGUGAUUUCCUUUUCACAUUAAUUCAGCAUGUGAUGUACAACUGAAAAGUAAACGAGGUGCUGAAUUUUAGGAAAUUUCCAUGAAGGCAUUAUGCUGUUUUCUUUCUUUCACUGGGGUUUUGAUUUUUCAGUUUUAGUCCAUUUGUAGGACUCCUUAAAACUUUAUUUUUAUUUUUUAGGAAAUAUAGAACUGGCUGUAACAUCCUGGUAUUUUAGGACCAACUCACAAUUUGUGAAAUGGAAAGUUACAGACCCCAAUGUAGCUGUAAUGCAGUGGUGUGAGCAAAGGUUAACACGAAGUAAACGAAGUGUCCAGAGUUCUACUGAAGCAGGCUCUCGCUGCUGUGUGUGUGUCUCUCUCUUUUUUUUUUUUUUUUUUUUUUUUUUUUAAAUGAGGUUACACUUGAAAUGAAGUCCCAGUGUGCAGUGCUUCAGGGAAUUGCAUGCUGUGAUCAGUAGUCUCUGAAGACUGUAACACUGAGACUCAAGGAAAGGAGAGUCUUCUUCCAUUUACUGGAUUUUAGGAAUUUCAAGUAUGCUUUUGCACUCUUGAAAGUAAUUCAUAGAGGAGCAAAACGGUAGGAUGUCCCUUACCUUAGACCUUUCUGGAACUUUUAAGCAGUUGUUUUUGUUCUUACUCACUGAAUCAUAUAUAUAUAUAUUUCUUUUUAUAUGAAGCUUUUGCAGUUUAAUCCUGCGGAGCGUCUUGGUGCUGGCGUUGCUGGUGUUGAAGACAUCAAAUCUCAUCCAUUUUUUGCCCUUAUAGAAUGGGCAGAUCUGCUGAGAUGAGAGAUGCGUGCCCUCUGAACAAACUCAGGUCAAGUGGACAAGUUUCUCUGGCACAGAAGCACCCUGACUUGCUUCCUUUGGAUGUCUCAAACCAUUUGGAUGUGAUGACUAACGAACGGUGGAGCAAUCAGGCCAAAAGUGAACACUUUUAACAGGAAUCACUGGUUGUACAAGGUGCUAGCUUAUUUUUAUGGCAACUGGUUGCUAGGUGUGUGUAAGUCUUUUCACCAAAGGGUGGUUUGUGAUGAAACUCCUGGGCAGCAUGUUCAGCACUGCCAGCUUGUCCAGUAAGUAGAAACAGGAAUGUGCUCCUGGUGCUUUGUCUGAUGGUGGAAUUGUCUAUAGUCUGUGCCAGUUGGAAGUAUAUUUUGUAGUGUCAAUAGACCAUUUCCCUUGCGAAGUGCAGCUUGGGGGGGUGGGGUGGGGGGUGGGGAGCCGGGGGAGGAAGGAGCAAAUAAUUUAUUAAUGGUAUAUGCUGAAUAAAACACUAAAAUGCUUUGUGCAAAAGUUGACACAUUAAAAAUAUGUCCAUUAAAAAUUAAGAAAGCUGUUGCAUAAUACUGUGGAAUGUGUCUUGAAAAUGGCAUAUCACUUCCCACUGUGGAAAGAGCAUAUAAAAGGCAAAUAAUGCUGUCAGUUGUUGUACUUUGUUGGCUGGCAAUGUCUAUUUAAAACUCUAGACUCCAUUGUAUUUGAUGAGCUACAUGUUAAAAUCACUACAGAAAGGGAAAUCUUCUUUUCCUCAGCUGGAUAAACACUGCUUUAGCACUAAUAAGGAACAAGAAAACAUAAUACUAAAUAAAUGUAUAGAUUAAAAAAGGAAAAACUCUUCUUUCAUCACUGCAGCCACCACUUUAUCACUUAAUGAACUUUACUUCCUCUAAGUGUCCUAUUUUUAGCUGCUACUUCAGGAAAAAACCUUUCUGCUUGUGUUCUUCUGCUUGAGGAAGCUUCUGAACUCUCCUUUUGUUUGUUAAUAGUCUUAAUAAAUCAAAGAAAGCCUUCGCCCACUCUGCUGCUUGAACAGGAAGAAGCCUGGGAUUCGCUCAUGCCAAAUGACUAAGUGACAUCUCUGAGCAAACCCUAGUGGGUAAGACUUGGGUGUGAGCCAAUUCGCUGACCUGUUUGUUUGCUAGGAAGGUCUGGAGAAUGGGAGAAGAAUAUGAGACAUGCAGAGUACUUUGCUGUGCACUGCUGUUGCUGCUGAGCAGCCAUGCUUGUAUGGGUUCCUGACGUACGAACGCGGUACGCUGAGAUGCUUGUACAUACUAUGAAUCUAUGGGUUUUUUCCUAAAUGUUCUCUUUGCUUUCACUUUUUUUUUUUUUCUUCUUCUUUUUCUUCUCCUCCCCAGCUUUAUCCGGAGGACAAAGGGCAAAUUCCUUUGGGAAAGUGAGGUGACAGAAAUGAUUAUUGAAUUUACAACUAAAAAAAAAAAAAAAAGUAUCCCUCCAUUUGUAUUUUAGCAGUGUAUUUUAUGGGCACUCCCAAAAGCGCAUCUGUACAGUCUCCAUCUGUUAGACACCAGGUCGGUGUAUUCAAAUAAAGUGGAAAAGGAAAAUGCUUCACUUAAACAAAGGAAAUCUGGAAACUUUUUUUCCUUUUUAAUUUAUUCCACUCCCCUCUUCCCUUUCUUGUGAUCACCAGGCCAUCAGAGGGGCUGUAACAACACUGCAGGUUGUAACCAGGUCACUAGUAUCACUGCCUACGGAGUGCUGUCCAAGAUUACAUCACUCUCAGAAACUGUGUUUCAACCUACCACCCUGUGGCUUCAUAACAGGAACUCCCUCAGGUGAGCCACAGGAACAACUUCCUGCGCCGAGCGGGUCGGAAAUCUCUAAUGCGGAGACCGAGCUGAUCCAGAGCUUCCUUCCAGCACUGCCCUGGCUGUGACUUUGGAGAGGGCUCGUUGCUCAAGGGAAGCCUCCCUUCCCUCGGCCACCUGACUCCAUCCCUGGGGCUCCCUAGCCUGGCCACCAGAUAAUGUCAUUGCUCAUGUUGAUCCUCUUGUCCCACUGCAUUUGCCUGGUGAUAACUGUAGGAAAAAUAUUUUCCAUGUUACUUUAAAAUGCUCAUUUCUCUAGGUUGUGCCCAUGUGCCAGUUGCAAGUAAAGGCAGGAUAA